AUGCCCAAGACACAAGUUCGAGAUAUGAAUGAACUUAUUCCUGAUGACUUACGUGAUAAGAUAGAUAAGUGGUUUAAAUAUGAUAAGAACCCUCAAACAACAGCUGAAAUACGGUCUCUUGUCGAUUCACAGAAUUGGAAUGAAUUAAGAGGAAGACUAUGUCAAAGAAUUAGCUUUGGUACUGCAGGAUUAAGGGCUCGAAUGGAAGCAGGAUUUGCUAGAAUGAACACUUUGACUGUGAUUCAAGCUUCUCAAGGGUUAGCUACGUAUAUAAAAAGUCAAUUUCCAAAUAACUUGAAAGUUGUGGUGGGUCACGACCAUAGGUAUAACUCCAAAUCAUUUGCAGAGGUGGCAAUUGCAGCAUUUCUGCAGUUGGGAUUUGAAGUCUACUAUUUGAAUUAUGUUCCAUCCAAUAAGGAUGUUGAGAGUUAUGUUCAUACGCCUAUGGUUCCUUUCACUGUAUCUAACAUUGAAGGAGGUGCAUCAUGUGGGAUCAUGAUAACUGCAAGCCACAACCCAAAAAUGGACAAUGGCUACAAGGUAUAUUAUUCCAAUGGUUGUCAAAUCACUCCACCUCAUGAUAAGAAAAUUGCUUCUGAAAUAGACGCAAAUUUGGUUCCAUGGGAUCAAGCUUGGGAUGCGCAAAAGCUAAUUGAAGAUGCCAGAAACAACAACAGGUUGCAUGAUGUGAAGCAGGAGCUGAUUAAAAACUAUGUUCAAAGAAUUCAAUCAUCUUUGGUCACAACCAACUCUCUUGCAGACUGUGGAAAGAAUUGGUUUGUAUACACUCCAAUGCAUGGGGUAGGUUAUGAGAUCUUCAAUAAUAUCGUAACCAACACCCUUCACUUGAAGGAAGAUGAACACUACUUAGUGGUGGGAGCUCAGAAGUUUCCAGAUCCAGAAUUCACAACUGUUUCAUUUCCAAAUCCAGAAGAAGAAGGUGCACUUAACCUCGCUAUUGAAUUGGCUGCGAGAAGUGGCGCAGAACUAGUACUUGCAAACGAUCCAGACGCAGAUAGAUUUUCUGCAGCAGUGAAGGAUGGUAACAAGUGGAAGCAGUUAACUGGGAAUCAGCUUGGUUAUUUGUUUGCAGUUGGUCAGCUAGAAAAGUUUUCAAACCAAAAUGAAAAUAAAAAGCCGUUGGCUAUGCUAGGAUCCACUGUUUCAUCGCAGAUGAUCGCAAAAAUGGCUGAUGUUGAAGGCUUCACCUUUGUCGAAACGUUGACAGGCUUUAAAUGGUUGGCUAACCGCGCAAUCGAUCUCGAAAAUGAUGGAUUUUACGUGCCAUUUGCCUAUGAGGAAGCUAUAGGCUAUAUGUUCAGUUCUGUUACACACGAUAAAGACGGUGUUAGUGCUGCGACUGAAUUUUUGCAAAUGGCUGCCAGGUGGAAGAAAGAAGGCAAAACACCAUUAGACGUGCUCAAUGCAGGAUAUGAAAAAUAUGGGAAUUUUGUUGAAUAUAACGGCUACUAUUCUGUGCAAGAUUUGUCUAUCAUCGGCGAUGUAUUCAAAUACAUUAGGAAUGCAUGUAAUGGGAACGAUGUACCUUAUCCCUCCACAAUUGGAAAUGAGUUUGCUGUUGCCUCUUUUAGAGAUUUGACAGUUGGGUACCAAUCUGACACUGGAAAUCAUAUACCAAAUUUGCCAGUCAGCCCUGGUUCACAUAUGAUAACAUGCGUGUUAAAGCCUCUUAUUAAGGAGACUGCUCAGACAUCUUCGGAUUAUGUAAGGUUUACCAUUCGUGGUUCAGGUACAGAGCCGAAGCUCAAAGUAUACAUUGAGAGUAACGCCUUAGAUAAGGAAUAUGCAACGAAACUGGCAAAAUUAACCUGGGACGUUUUAAAACGUGAAUGGUUCAGACCUGAAGUUACAGGUCUUCAAACCAAAUUCUGA